AUGGCUCGUACUAAGCAAACAGCGAAGUAUAUCGGGCCAUCAAUAACCUGGACACAAUUCCACCUACCUCUGGAGCAGGAGUGGCCGCUAUGGUCUUUGAGCCACGCGGAUGGUCAUGCUAGUCCACUUGUUGGCAUCAAGUAUUUUCAGAAGACCUUGCUAGGAAGAAUGGUCGUAGCUCCUGAGCAGGCUGCCUACAUUAUUGAUAGCAAUACUCUUGAAAAAAUGGCUCUGAGAGCGUACGGGAAACUGGGUGGGGAAGACACUCGGAAAGAUGGAACAGACGAAGCAGGAUGA